UUAACCAAUCAUAAAUUGGCAAGAACAACCUACUUUAGCAUAGAGUGUAGAUAGAUUAAUUUAGGAAAAAACAUCGUUACACAUGGUCAUGGGGGUUAUGAUAGUGUUAUGCCGUGACUUCUUGUACACACUGAAGCAUCGGAAAAAUGGCGGGGAUAGGUAUAGUGGUUCAACGAUCAUCCAUAUCGCCGGGAAAAGAUUUGUUGGCGGAGCUCUCAAUGCCGACUCUAUGCGCUUUGACUUCGAAAUCCACCAACUUUUCUCCCAAAAAUAUGAACGCAACACUGGAGCGGUCUAUGCCAUUCCGCUGCAGCACUCUACGGAUCUCCGGAUUUCAGAGCGUUGAUUCCAGAGCUUGCAAAGGUAGAUUUCCUCACACUCUCUUGGUAUAUUUACUGAUUUUGUUGUAUUUCUUGUUGUUCUUCUGUGCGAGAUGAGCAUGGAGAUCCCCUUCUUGCGUUUCCAGAGCGUAUCAUUGGACCAGAUCCUCUCUGAUCCUAAUCCUCUUACUGGCGGAGAUAAAAAAUCUUUCGUUUCUGGGUAUUUUUCUGCAUUCAAUAAAAGAAAAUGGCGGAACCCGUUCUCGCGGAUGAAGUGUUGUUCUACUGAAGCAGGCAUAGAGCUAAAGCCCAAGCCAAAACAAUCUAAAAUCAGCAUUAAUGUAGAAAAGGAAGCUCGUUCGAAAGAUACCUUAAUAAGAAAGUCGAGUUCUGGACUUUGCAUUCAGAUAGACAAGUUGGUUUUCUUUAAGAAGUACGAGGAAGCCCUCGAAUUGUUUGAAAUUUUGGAGCGCGAGGGUGAUUUUGAUUUGCCCGCUAGCACGUAUGACGCUUUAGUGAAUGCCUGCAUUGCAUUGAAAUCUAUCGGGGGUGUGAAGAAGGUGUUUAAGUAUGCGAUUGAUAGUGGGUUUGAAUGGAAUCAAAAUUUGAGGAACCGGACGUUGCUGAUGCAUGUGAAGUGUGGAAUGAUGAUCGAUGCGCGCCAACUGUUCAAUGAAAUGCCUGAUAAGAACCUUGUUUCGUGGAAUACAAUAAUUGCGGGGCUUGUUGACUUUGGAGAUUACUCGGAAGCGUUCCAUUUGUUUCUUGAUUUGUGGCGGGAGUUUUCAGACGCUGGAUCCCGCACCUUUGCCACUGUGAUCCGGGCUUGUGCGGGGCUGGGAUAUCUUUUUGUUGCAAGACAAUUGCAUUCAUGUGCUUUGAAAAUGGGCAUAAGUGGAAAUGUGUUUGUAUCGUGUGCAUUGAUUGACAUGUACAGCAAGUGUGGGAGCAUUGAAUGUGCUAAAUUUGUGUUUGAUGAUAUGCCAAAGAAGACCACCGUUGGAUGGAAUACCAUUAUAGCUGGUUAUGCACUGCACGGUUAUAGUGAGAAAGCUUUGAGCAUGUAUUAUGAGAUGCAUGAGUCUGGUGUUAAAAUGGACCAUUUCACGUUCUCAAUUGUUGUAAGAAUAUGUGCGAGGUUGGCUUCUGUAGAUCAUGCUAAGCAAGCUCAUGCAGGUCUCAUUCGUCAUGGAUUUGGGUUAGAUGUAGUAGCCAACACAACACUUGUGGAUUUCUACAGCAAAUGGGGCAGGAUAGAAGAUGCACGGCAUGUUUUCGACAAGAUGCCCCGCAAGAAUGUUAUAUCUUGGAAUGCCUUGAUUGCUGGAUAUGGCAAUCAUGGGCGAGGAGCUGAGGCUGUUGAGAUGUUUGAGCAGAUGCUUCAUGAAGGAAUGGUGCCUAACCAUGUUACUUUUCUGGCAGUAUUAUCUGCUUGUAGCCGCUCAGGUUUAUCGGAUCAUGGAUGGGAGAUCUUUGAAUCAAUGCACAGGGAUUACAAGAUUAAGCCACGAGGAAUGCACUAUGCAUGUAUGAUUGAACUGCUAGGUCAAGAAGGGCUUUUGGAUGAAGCUUUUGCUUUAAUAAGAGAUGCUCCUGUUAAGCCCACAGUGAAUAUGUGGGCUGCCUUGCUUACAGCUUGCAGGAUCCAUAAGAAUUUAGAGCUUGGCAAGUUUGCCGCUGUAAAAAUUUAUGGAAUGGAACCUGAAAAGCUUAGUAAUUAUGUUGUGCUUAUGAAUAUCUAUAACAGUUCCGGGAAGUUUGAGGAAGCAGCUGCUGUCCUUGAGACCUUGAAAAGAAGGGGCUUGAGAAUGCUUCCUGCAUGCAGUUGGAUUGAAAUCGACAAGCAGCCUCAUGUUUUCCUUUCUACUGAUAAAUACCACUUUCAGUGGAAGGAGAUUUACCAAAAGUUAGACAACUUGUUGCUGGAGAUUUCUAAAUUUGGUUAUGUUCCUGAGAUCUCUGACUUUUUUCUUUGUGAUGUGGAUGAAAAGGAAGAGCGCACAAUACAUCAUCACAGUGAGAAAUUGGCGAUUGCUUUUGGGCUGAUCAAUACUUCUGACCGGACAUCGUUGCAGGUUGUGCAGAGCCAUCGGAUCUGUGGUGACUGCCAUACUGCAAUUAAGUUAAUAGCCAUGAUUACUAGACGGGAAAUUGUUGUGAGGGAUGCCAGCAGAUUCCACCAUUUCAAAGAUGAUCUUAGCAACCCAGAGAUGAUGACCAUACAGAGCUAAUUAGCAUCCCCAAACAAAGUGUCAUCUGCAGCAAAAGAGGAGCUAUUUUGGCUGCUUUUGUGCAUCAUCUAUAUAAUGAAUUAGCCACACAAAAUCAAAAUGGCACCUUAAUAUUUCUCACAGAAAACUGUUCGCUCAUUUUUCUCCAGAUGGAUGGCAGCAAAGGAGUAGGUGGUGUCAGUGGAGGAGCCAAAGGCGGUGGGGCAAGUAGAGGUGGUGGAAAAAAGUAGCUGUCAUGUACUGGAUCCUAUGGAAGACAUUCCAACAUGAAAGCUCCUUGUUGCAGUGGAAGCUACAUCUCAAGAGAUGCAUUCAAGAUUAACCCUCAGGGUGGUUACUUUGCCAAUCCUCGUGCGAGUGAGAAGAGCAAUAAGUUAUAAAAUGCCACAUAUAAUGGCUUUAUUAUGAUCUUUUUGGAGAUGUGUUAUCUAAGUUGUUAUCUUUACUAUUUUUUACCUUUAUCCUGCAGGGUUUAUAUUUGCAAACAAUGGCCUUAUUAUGAUCUUCUUUGAGAUGUGUUAUCUAAGCAGUUAUGCAUUCGACAUGUUCUGAUAUAGGUUAUAUAUAUCAGGUACUUAAGAAAAA